AUGGCACCACUGUGCCGCGGGCUGUUUCUCCUUCCAGAGCUGGGCGCUGCUUUUGAGCCAGUAGUGGCAGCUGGCAAUUUUCAGGAGGAAGCCAGCAGCCACUCUGCUGCAUGUUCCUCUGGUACCAGGCACGCUGUACUGCUACUGCCCGCUGGGCGUGAGGUGAGUGUGGGAGAUCCAGAGAAGAAGUACACUGGAUGGAAACCUAUUGGCAGUGGGGGGUUUGGAACCGUUUAUAAGGCCUUCAACGCUGCCACAGGACAAGCGGUGGCCAUAAAGCAACUUAAUCUCCAGCACCAGGGCUGCGAGGAUGUGUUGAAGGAAAUCCUGGUCAUGAAGGAAUAUAAGAACCCCAAUAUUGUCACCUACCUAGAAAGCUACCUUGUCAAUGAGGAUGUCCUGGUGGUGUUGGAGUAUAUGGAUGGAGGCUCCUUAGCUGAUGUGGUCAGCAUGAAAAGGAUGGCUGUAGGACACAUAGCAACAGUGUGUCGGGAGUGCCUGCAAGGCCUGGCUUUCCUUCAUGCCAACCGGGUGAUCCACAGAGACAUCAAAAGUGACAACAUCCUUCUGGGCCGGGAUGGCUCCGUCAAGCUGGCCGAUUUUGGCCUCUGUGCUCCGUUCAGCCCUGAGCAGAGUAAACGGAGGUCGAUGGUCGGGACCACUUGCUGGAUGGCACCCGAGGUGGUGAGAAGAGAGCCAUACGGCCCCAAAGUGGACAUCUGGUCCCUUGGCAUCGUGGGAAUAGAAAUGGCCAAAGGAGAGGCUCCUUAUAUUCGGGAAACCAGACAGGAGGCUAACUACCUGAUAGGCAAGCAAGGGGUACCAGACCUGCACAAGCUCAGGCUGCCCUCUGGCUUGUGUGAAUUUCUGGGCUGCUGCCUGCAGAUGGAUGUGGACAGGCGAGGCUCUGCCAAGGAACUUCUGCAGCAUCCAUUUCUUCAGUCAGCGGAGCCUCUCUUAAGCCUCUUCUGACAGCCUGAUCGCUGUCAUCCCUGCAGCCAAGUCAUGCAGGAAGCAAAGGAGAUGACAAGGACCACUUCAGCACCUGGAGAACUGAACCUGUGAGAACAGAUCACAUGGGCCCCUGCCAUCUAAAUCCCAACUCUAAGGGCUUUUCAAAUGAAAAGGAAGGAAACUUGCAGCGAAGCAAUCGAGGAAGCAGAAGAGAUAACCAGGACCACUUCAGGAUUACUUCCUCCAAAGGCAGCUUGGAGCUGGACUCACAAUAAAAGUCCUAUACACCCUCA